AUGGAGUCAGGUAGGACUGAUGAUGAAUUCCCGCAGUUCCUUCCAAGUGAUCUCAACAUAGGAGCUAUAGCAACUGUUAUGAGAGGACAGCUAGUCGGUGAGAGAAACACACCAAAAGCCAUAACAAUCCGCGAGCAUGGCGAAAAGAUCGAUAGCCUUGAGAAGGAGAUCAAAAAGAAGGAUGAUGAAAUCGUUGCCCUUCAGAAAGCUCUACAGACUCUUCAGGAGCAAAAUGACGAGCUUAAAAGCGCGAUUGACACAAAAGACGAAGAGAUUGGUACCCUAAAAUCGAGAAUCGACGAGCUGGAGGACGAGAAGACGGAGUUGCAAAGGGAGUUAGGAUCGGUGAAAACCGAUCUCGGCCUUGUGCAAAAGGAAGUUGAUAAGUUGAGAAAGGCGAAGUCAAGCCAGGAGCAAACUAAUUUGAAAUUGAAGCAAGAUCUCGAAGGGUUCCGGAGAACCUUGGAAACAGUGAAGGAAGAUCGGGAGAAGAAAAGAAAGGAGAGCGAAGAACUUAAGAAGGAACUGAGGAACAUCAAAGAAUCGCAACUCAAAGGACUUCUUCCUUUAAUGAGUGGUGCCAGAGCGCUUCCAAAUAAGCCCCUGCCAGCAAUACCGAAAACCAGCGGAGAAGCAUUGCUACACUUAGGCGAAAUGUGUCGUCAAAUACAAACCAAGCUUUAUCGGUUUGUAUUUCCCAGAAGUGUUAAAGAUGUCAAUUACAAAGUUGAUGCCAUUCACCGCCAUUUAAGCAAGUUCUCAAACCCCAAUGCUCAGAGGAAAUGGGAGUCGAUUCAGGAGAGGUUUCACUGGGAUGAGACUCACGAAGAGGCAAUCACCUUACUACAAGAGACAAGAAACAUCGAAGCCCAUCCUGAGAUCUCCAAGGAUUCGCUUCAACGUGCCAUAAGCAUAACCGCUCAGUCAAACAACUUGGAAGACAACUGGCUGUCAACGAAGCUCUUACACGAACUGCUUAAAAUCUGGGAGACUGAUCUGUCCCAGUAA